AUGUCGACAACAAUCGAUCUCGAUUCCCUCAAUGAUCCAGACGCCACGCAAGGGGAAGCGGACAUCUUCCAGAUCCUAAAACAGGGCUUGAAAUCUGAAGGUGAUCAUGCGAGCGGAGCAGCCCACUUAGCUGAAUCCUUGCGGGAAUUCAUUCAUGACCAAGGAGCUGGAUCUCUCAAAGUCGCCAAUGACCUGGUUUGGGAUCUUUGGGUAACGCUAUUGCGAGCGAUCACGAUUGUACCCAUCGAUCACCCAUGGCAUAAUUGCCUUAUUGCGACGGUUGAUAAGUUACGUCGCGAAGGCGGUCGUAUUGCACCCUCAGAUGAUGCGAGCGACAAUGUCCUCCCUACAGUGAGAGCUGAAUGUCUUGCUAAUUUGCUUAUAAGAGUGAGGAGUGGGCAGACUUGCCUGGGCUUUGCAUGUACCUUGUCGACAUGUGGGCUGCGCAUGAACUCAUUUGCUUCCCGCCUGCUAGUCGACGACUUUAAGCACUGGAUAGAUUUCGCCUGGUGGGAGAUUACUGUCGGUCUGGAGACUGCACCGCAGGAUCCAACUGAGUUUGAGUGGAGGUUAUGGGUUGUGACUGAAUGGCUGAUUCAAUGCGGUGACCUCUUGUUCAAGGACCUCAGCUCUACCGAAGAGCUACAAGAAGAGGUUCUGGCUUCUGUCAGGCCUGGCCCACUAUGUGCCGACGUCCACCCAAUGAGUCUCCAGCGAUGGGAGUUCUGGAUUUCAAGACUGAUGGAGCUCAGUGGCGGGACGUAUACAGUGGAAGGGGGCUCAGAGGUUGCACUGAGCGCAACAUCCACAUCUCGCAUCGAACUGGCCAUUGCUGCGAUGCGCAGACAUUCGUCAAGCAGUAUCGCGGAACAUCAAUCUUGA